UGUGUAGACAUAAGUGACCAACCACCGUCACUAUUAGCCCGUUGUAAAUAAACAUGGCAGACAACAACAAACAGACAUUAUCAACAACAAGCAGGAUGUUAUUUCUGAAAACCCUAAUUUUGCUUGUUUUGGUCCAAGCCAUUAGCUGUGCAAUAUUUAAACAUAAUAAUAAAUAUUCAAAGAAGCAAAAGUUGUACACCAUUGAACUUGAAAACAACUUUUUAAAGACACAGAAAAAGGAUUUCAAGCCCCACUCAAAUUCACAGUCACACCAUCAUUUGCACACAAGAGAUGCUGGUGCAGUUAAGCCAGAAAUUCUGUUAAAUAGAACUAUUUUUAAUGGAACUGAAAAUUCAACACAUGCGUAUGUUCACUGGAUUGGAAAGGGUGUUAGUGAGAGAAUUUUUGUUCUCACAAUUAGACAAAACUAUUCAACAUCAGCUCGGCGUGUUGAAGAAAGUAAGCUUUGGAGAUCUGAGGAUUAUGGGUCAACUUUCAAAGAGGUCAAGUUGGCAGAAGGAGCAAAAAUCUCAUACAUAUAUAUAUUUCCAAAAAAUGAGAAAAAGCUGCUGUUCACUGAUGUCAUGGCAAAGAAAAUUUAUGUAACAGAAGAUGAGUUACAGACAAACAAAUCAUAUAAUGUUGAUGUGGAACCUGAUGAGAUUUUAACACAUCCCACUGAUGAAAAUAAAAUCUUGCUCUACAGCCACACACAAUUGAAGUUGUAUGCCUCAGUAGACUUUGGUGCUACCUGGACGUUAUUGUCAGAAAAUGUUCUGCCCAACUUUUUCUGGGGUGAAGAAGGCUAUGAUAGUGACCCCAACACUGUGCACAUGGAAGUGAAAGGAGCAAUGCCAAAUCAAGCAUUUUACAAGUCUUGUCUUGUGCCUGACUGUAAACAAACAGCUAACCAACAACUUGGAGAUGUUGGACCUUUCAUGAUCUGGAGUCUUGUGGUUAAUAAAGAGUACAUGCUUGUGCAGAAAAGCAACUUGAAUGGGUCACAAAGUUACUUGGCUGUUUCAUACAAAAGAAAACCUUUUCAAAGAGCUUAUUUCCCUAAAGACUUAAAAAGCUCAGACUUUGUAGUGCUGAGCAUGGAUGAUGGCCAGCUGUUUGUUGCUGUUAAACACGAUGACUCUGUCAACCUUUAUCUGUCUGACGCCACUGGACAAUAUUUUGUACUGAGCUUGGAGAAUGUUUACCAUGUUAUGAAAUUAAAUUGGCUUGAAAUUGAUUUUCACGAGGUACAAGGCAUGAAUUGGACAUUUCUUGUCAACAAAAAACUCACCAAAUCAAACAGCACCUGGCAGACUUACAUAUCAUACGAUAAAGGAGGGAACUGGGCACCACUGAUGGUUAAUCAGUCAUGCAAAGUGGUUGAACAGUGUGCACUGAACCUUCAAGUCUCACAGACCAGCUACCUGACCACAGUGUACUCUCAGACUAAUGCAAUAGGAAUUAUUCUUGCUCAUGGAACCUUGGGUACAAACUUGCCUAAUCAAAGAGCUUAUGUCUUUACCAGCAAUGAUGGAGGUGCUAAUUGGAUUCAGGCUGUUACAGACCAAAAGGAGCAGGUCAAUGGGACUUUCCGCUUCAACAUACUGGACCAGGGAAGUAUCCUGACAGCCAUCCCAGAUGGUUUUCUUUCUGAAACCUACAGCACCACUCUCUAUUACUCAACAGAUCAAGGAUAUACAUGGAAAGCAGGUAAAUUUGAUGACAAGGGAUUGCUUGUAAAAGGCGUGCUGACAGAACCAGGUAUCAUGACAAUGGUGGAAAGUGUUUUUGGUCAUGAAUCUAAAGGAAAACCAUGGACCCUGAUCAAAAUGAACUUUACAGGGUUGCUGCCAAGGAAAUGUGAGGACAAAGAUUACACAACUUGGACACCACAAGAUUAUAAUUCCAAAACUGUAAGUAACUGCUCUCUUGGAAGUGUAGUGAUAUAUAAAAGGCGACUAGAAAAUGCUUCCUGUUAUAAUGGCAAGAGUUUUAGUCCUAAAACAGAAAACAAAAUAUGUCCUUGCACAGCUGAAGAUUAUGAAUGUGACUAUGGUUUUGAAGAAAUUGAUGGUGCUUGUAAAAUGGCUUCAUGGUACCAUGAUGGCUAUGUACAAGGUGAUUGUAAUGAUGGAGGGAAAUACAAUAAAAGCAAAGGAUACAGAAAAAUACCUGCUGACACCUGUGUAGCAGGAAGUGAAGAUGACAAGUAUAGUACACAAGUCACAGAAUGUCCACUCACUGCUCCAGCACAGCUGACCAUAUUAUCUGAAAUGGUUAUCUUGCAAACUGGAAAGGAAAUCACCUUUUAUCUAGAGCAGGCUGAGGGAUCCAAGUUCAACACUACUUACAGUUGGAACUUUGGAGAUUCAUCCCCUGUUGAGAAUGCAAAGGGACUAAAAGAGGCCACUCCAAAAAAGCAUACUUUUCAGCAUCCUGGCCACUAUAAUGUUACUGUGACAGCCAGAAAUGAUAAAGGCAGUGUCACAACCUCCACAUAUGUUCACUGUCAAGACGCUGUUCGUGACACAUACAUAGUUGCACCCUGGGCCACAAAAACUGGAAUAGAAGUUAACUUUACCUUGAUUGUCUUCUCCAAUAUUAAGAUAAUGGCAGCUAAUGAGGAGCAUUUGUACUAUAUUUGGACCUUUGGUGAUGAGAAACCUGGUAGUCUUCCUUUGUUGACAUGGAACAAUAGUGUCACUCAUAUUUUUGAGCGAGCUGGAAACUAUAAAGUGACCAUUGAGGCAUUAAACUCCAUCAGUUCUGUUUACAAAGAGUAUGAAUUCCAAGUCUUUGAUAAUGCUGAAAUACUUGAAUUGACACUUAGUGAAAAUGCAGCUAUGUAUGCUGUUAGUGAACCAAUUAUGAGGGAAAUGUUUACCCAAAGGCUUCGGCAGCUAAUAGCUGAGUAUGUAGGCGUAAAGAUGAGCCGCAUUGAAGCUGUCAUAACCAAGCCUUUACCGGUGAUUGUUCAUCUGUAUAUUUUCCCAUCUUCUGAGCCCGGUGAAUUAAAUAUUUCUGAGAUAAAGCAAAUUGUGAUUGACCAAACUCAGAAAGGUGCCCUCGUCAUUGAUUUCAUAAGAAAGCCGUCUGAUCCCUAUGUCAUCAAGAUUACAACUGCUACAGAUAUCUCUGGUGACAGUCCUGGCCCCAAUACACCAAGUACUUCUGGAGGAAUAAAUAUGAAGCCUUUGUUCAUAGCUGCACCAAUACUGGUUCUUGCUGUUAUUGUUUCAAUGGUGUCAUUCCUGUACUGUCGAAGGAAAAUGCACAAUGUUCGUCAGUACAACAUCCUUAAUACUCAAGAUGAUUCUGAUGCUAUGCUUGAUGAUGAUGAGGCUCCCCUUGAUUUGAAUGUGGACUUUGGUAUCCGCGAAAGUUCAAGAGAUGAUCAAAUUUUAGACAGUAGUGGAGGCAGCCAUCUUGUAAUGGUCACUGGGGGAUCUUCAGACCACUCAGUUCCAUGUUAAAAAAAAGGAACAAAAUGUUUACAGACACUGGUAAAAAAAAAUUAUAAAAGAAACCAUUCCAGAAAAACUCAUGUUUUUACAGAAGCUUCAGUCAGGUUAAUUUAAGAAUUAAAAUCAAAUUUACAUUUAUAAUCUUAAGCUUUAUCUCAAGUUUUUUUUAAAAAUUGUUUUCAACUACAUUUGUUAUACAACUUAAAAAUGUGUAACACCUUUACUUCUUUCUAGAGGCUUUCUAUUUUUUUUUUUGUUAAAUUGAAUUACCCGCAUUACACUUGUACUUUAGUACAUUUAUGUUCAUGCCAGGAAAACAAAUUUCCACUCUAGGUAACUAACAUUGGAAACCAGAGCCUGUUAUUACAGUAAUUAUGUACGUUAUACAGUAGAAAAGAUUUGUCACGCUUUUUAAGUUAAAAAGUUGCAAAUUCAGCAACCCAACAUGUGAAAAAUGUUCAAUUGAUAAUCACCAAAAAGGCAUCUAAAGGAAAGUGGAUGUUUUUUAAACAAUUAGUAAAGUUAACUUGUGCAUUUCAGUUGUGAUAAUUGUUUUAUAAUUUUGUUUAAUAAUAUAAUUUAUAUUCUCUUAUAUUUAUAUUAACUGCUCAGUAAAUGCAUAUUCUAUUUCUAUGCUUUGUGUUGUGAUUUAUUUCUCUAAAAAAAAAUGGUUAACUUUUAUAUUGGUAUAAGUUAAGCAGAUAAAAUUGAUAUGAUUUCCUGUCUUUAAUUCGCUUCCACAUUAUCACAGUAUUGUAAAAAGCUUUUACUUACUUUGCAUUUUAAGUGUAGCUAGCAUGCUUGGUUUUGGGAUUUCAUUUUGUUUUAACUUUUAAAAAAUGUGGUAUGCAAUUCUAUUUUCAAUAGCUUUAUUAAGGGUCAUCUAUAAAUGAUGGAAACUAGUGAAAAUAAUCUACCCAUUUAUAAGAAAUGAUUUGUGGUUUCUCCUCUGACCUCAUUAAAAUACCGGUGAUUAGUUUCUUAAAGAAUUCAAACCAAAUGUAAUAUUUUCAAACCAUUUGUCAAAAUUAAUAUCUGCAUUGACUAGAAAUUGUUAUAGAUUUUUAGGUUGUACCUCAGUGAGGCAAUGAAUCUCACUUUGGCUGGUGGCAGGAGCUGGCAUUGAAUAGUUUUCCUUUGUGAUGCAAAAGCACUUUUUCUGUGGUGAAUUAAACUUUACUAAAAUGACCUUUUAAAGUGGUAGAGCCAAAAAAUAAAGGCAAGAAAAAUGUUGUCAUCUGCCUAACUAGUGCAUAUUAUAAGUUGAGCACAAUAACUGCAGAUUUUGUCUUUCAUGUUGGUAUCAUGUAUCUGUAAAUUCGUUGUUAAUAAUAGUAUUAAAUAAAGGAAAAAACCCAUUGUU